AUGGCGGACACCUCUGAGGCGGGGCACUCUGCCUCGCCCGAUACCUCGACAUCGGGCCACUCAACCGCCCUCUGGGCUGUGACUGUGGUAGCCGCCCUACCCAUUCUCGCCUUGUUCGUCAUUCCUCUUCUCGCGAGAGGCCUUGGUGCUGUUGCCGGCAGCUAUCUCCGCACCAAGACUGAAGGCAGGCGCGCCCAGUUGAUCAAAGCCAUGGCCACCGAAGAGAACACCUAUAAAGAAAAGGGGAUCACGACUCCAAAGGGAAUUAUCAAGAUCGACAAGGUGGAAGAUUGGAGCGGCAUCGUUGGCUUCUUCCACCCUUUCUGCAACGCUGGAGGCGGAGGCGAAAGAGUCCUUUGGUCAGCCGUCCGCGCUACCCAGCAGAAGUGGCCUAAAGCGCUCUGCGUUAUCUACACCACUGACCAGAAGGUUAACAAGACGGAGAUGGUGACUCUCGCCAAGCGUAGGUUCAACAUCGAUAUCCACCCUCCCAGUCUUGUUCUCAUGUACCUGAGUACCAAGCACCUUGUCCUCGCCUCGACCUGGACUCACUUUACCCUGCUCGGCCAGUCUCUUGGAUCCAUGGUCAUGGCCUGGGAUGCUUUCCAGCUGCUGGUGCCCGAUGUUCUGGUUGACACCAUGGGAUAUGCAUUCGUGCUCGGACUUUCUAAGCUCCUCUUCCCCACCAUCCCUACCGGCGCCUAUGUCCACUACCCGACCAUCUCAACUGAUAUGCUUGAGUCUCUCGACCCUAAGUCCGCAAAUGGUAGCCAGGGCAUCAACGCCGGCAAAGGUGUGGGGUUGCGUGGUCAGGCCAAGCGCGCAUACUGGAAGCUGUUUGCAGAGCUUUAUUCGCGAGUCGGUUCGACCAUUGAUGUCGUCAUGACCAACUCGACCUGGACUCAGGGCCACAUAGCAGCUCUCUGGGGCCCUCACCGUAGCGUCAAGAGCGAUCCUAUUGCCGUCGUCUACCCACCCUGUCCUGUUGAAGAGCUCGCACGCGAUAUCGAAGUAUCCGAGGCCAGCGAAGCGCAGCGUCAGAAGGUCAUCAUCUACAUCGCCCAAUUCCGGCCAGAAAAGAACCACCAGCUCAUCCUGCAAUCAUUUGCCGAGUUCCUCAAGACAGAGACCGAGGCUACCAAGGAUGUCCGUCUUGUCCUCGUGGGUAGUGUCCGGGACGACAUUGACUCCAAGCGUGUUUACCAGCUUAGACUGCUGGUGAAUGAGCUUGGUAUCAAGAGUCAGGUGAGCUUCCAUCUGGAUGCUACCUGGGAAGAGAUUCUUGUCUGGCUUCAGAAGGCAUAUGUCGGCGUUAACGGCAUGUGGAAUGAGCACUUCGGCAUUGGAUGCGUCGAGUACCAGGCCGCUGGUGUCAUCUCGGUGGUGCAUGCCAGCGGCGGACCGAAGCUUGACAUUAAUGUUGAUAUUGAUGGCGAGCCUACUGGUUUCCACGCUUCGACUUCCACCGAGUUUGCGGCAGGUUUUGAGCAGGCUUUGACCGUCAAGGAUCCCUUAGCCUUCCGACUACGGGCUGUCAAGUCAGCACAGCGUUUCACGGAGCAGGCAUUUGUUGAUAGCUGGAACAAGCACCUAGAAACGCUUCUUGCUAAGCUUCGGUAA